AUGGAAUUUACUCCAAAGAAACCACCAGCUACAUUUAAUUCAAGCACAGUCCGUCGGAAUCCAUAUUCGACCGGCAGCCGGAAUUACCUCAAGAAGUACCAGCACCGAGGAGGGAAGGCAGGGACCCCACACUCCUCCUAUGGAACGCCUCCCAGAACGGCCUUGCAGAAACGGUUCUCGUCUCGCUCAGAGAAGAUGGUAACCAGUGCGCUGAAGGCCUUGCCACAGCCCGAGGAGGGUAAUAGCCUCGGGAAAUGGCUGGGCAAGAAGGAUUCCUCUCCCCAGGCCUUGAAGCGUCCCUUUAGUGCAAUUAAUGGUACCGAGAAUACUAAGGACCCUUACAACAUCUUCUCGGAUAAUGAAGAAGAUGUUUUUAUUCCCACGCGGAAAGAGAGCAAACCGAGCCCUAAUUCGGACAAAGAGAAUUCUCUCUUUGGUCCACCGAAAGCGGGGAGUGUAAAGGUGUAUGGUAAUAAGAAGAAACCCAUGAACCUCUGCAGAUCCAGGCUUGUAAGCGAUAUCUCGCCUGAAAAAAUUGAGAAAGCUUAUGGGCCUAAGUCUUAUUUCUCAGCAGAGAAAGAAAACGUCCCAACAGAACUGUGCAGUGAACAACCAGUGUCAUCAGUCACACCACCACACCUGAUUGGAUUCCCAAACUAUGGCAACACAUGUUACCUAAAUUCGGUCAUCCAGUCGUUAUUUGGUCUCUCAUCAUUCCUGCUGGAUUACCGGAUAGUGGCUUCACACCUCGAUAUGGCCCAUACCUCUCUCUUCUAUGGCCUGAGUCAAGUCUUGUCCAACAGAAUGAAGGGCCAGGUAUCUGGUGUGAAGCAGUCUCUCAAAACAGUGAAGGAGAAUUUGGAACGUGUCGAUGGUUCCUUCUCUGGUUUCAAAAUGCAGGAUGCAAAUGAAUUCCUCACACGGGUCUUGGAUACCAUCAAAGAUGAGAUAGACCGGUGCCACAUGACCACACCAAGUCCAGACCGCCCUUCUGGCUCGCAGUCCCUCACAUGCACCCCGAAUGGAGAGCUUGACGAGGAAGUGUAUCUCAGUGGCUGCACCAGAAGAGAUCCCAGUCCCAUUAAACAAGAUACAGUGAAAAAUAACGAUUCUCCAACAGUUAAAAGCCCUGAAUUAGAGAAUAAAACUCACUGUAAUGGUGAGGGUAUUUCAGAAGAAGUGUGCAUGGAGAAUUCACAGGACUUGGACACUGAUGAUGUACUUGCAGAAAGAAUAGCCUCAAGAGAAAACACACAGCUUGACACACCAACCAAGCACACUGCACAAGAAGUAAUCCCAAGAAAUCCAGUGAAGGAUAAUUUUGAGUUUCAGUUGCUUGAAUCCUACAGAUGUUUGGGUUGUGAUGAAGUUGAAGGUAGAAAACAAGAGUAUUUUGGCCUGUAUGUCAACCUUCCAGAAGAGGGUAGAGACACCAUUCAGGAUGCCAUAUCUUCUUACAUGAGUGCGGAUGAGAGAGAAUUGAAAUGUGAAAAAUGCCUUCACAAUCGAUCUUCAGUUGUUACUACAGUGACAAGAUUGCCCAGAAUCCUUAUUGUCCAACUCAAGAGGUAUGAGUACAAGCCAGAACAGUGUGAAAGUAUAAAGAUGUCGUCUCGAGUUCACAUAAACCGAUGGAUCACCUUAGACCCUUAUUUGACUGGGGAUGUUGAGGGGCCUUCUCCUUGGAGUCCCAAUUCUGUCAGUACCAUUGUUCCACGACCACCAAAACAAGCAACCCUAACUGUGCGUAAUUUGUCAUCGGAACUCAAUGUUUGCGAGUCGAAGAAGGAUAAAGAAGAAUUGUGUCUGACAAGUCCGGUCAAAGCAGCUGCAAAUGUCCCAAUAGCCAUUCCUGAUAAUGAAGACGAGGAACUUCAGGAAGUAAUGCGUCGCAGCAUGAAUGAUAUUGGAGGUGGAGAAGACGAUGAGAUUCAACAAGCUAUUAGAUUGUCACUGCAAGAGCUUGGCAUGACCUACUCGCAGGAAAAUCAGGUGGAAAAUGCCGAAGAAGAGAAUGAGGAAAACAUUGCCAGAAGUGCUAGUCAAGAUGACUCUGACAUUGAGAGUGGCCUGCACACCUACCGUUUGAUGAGCAUUAUCAGUCAUUUUGGGUUAACGACCAAUACAGGACAUUAUGUGUCUGAUAUCUACAAUUGCGAAGAAGGAAGUUGGUUCCACUAUGAUGAUGAAACGGUUACAAAAAUAUCAGAGUCUGUUGUUCUGGCAGAUGGAAGGCAAAAGAAUGGAUACAUUUUCUUUUAUGUACACAAAGACUUGUUUGAGAAAAUGGAAAAGAAGACACAGAAUGAGAGAUAGUAAAGGUGUAUAGUAUUAGCAUGAUAAUAUAAAUAAUUGUACAUAGUCAGCUUCAGUGAAGGUAAUAACCUCUGCAAGGUUUUAUUUUUAAAAGCAUCAGAUAGACUGAUCAGUCCCAGAGUUUUUACAGACAAAAAGAGCCACUAAAUUUGAUGUUAUUUAAGUUGCUAGGGACAGGAACUUCACUUAUUUUCCUGUUAACAUAUGUCUUCAAUUGUAAAACCAAAAGAGGAAGAAAAAAAGAGAGAAAAAAAAGAAAGAUUACUUUGUUUUAUGUAACAUUUUUAUUUUGUUAUAACUUUUCAAUAUAUGUACCAUUUAUUCAAUGUAUAAUCUUUGUGUAUAUAUGUUAUAAGGUUCAUGUAAAGAAUGUAUUUUUUAUUUUUACAAAUGCAUAGUUAUUAUUGAAGGACUGUAGGUUUGAUGAUUUCACUAAUAUCAAACAACUUCUGUAUGCGAGUACAUGUAAACUUUUUUGUGAUGUGAGCAUGUGUAUGUGUGUGUGUGUUUGUAUGUAAUCUCAAGUAGAGCUAAUUUAAAUGUGGAAGUGACGCGUAUAUAUAGUACAGUAUUUCUCAAGUACUUGACCUCUUAUCUUCAAUAGGACACUUUCAUUAGGAACAUGCAAUAGUAUUCAUUCCUAUACAGCUGAUAUGUUUUAAAAAAUAAACAAGCAAAAAUCUCCAUUCUAAAUGCAGUAAGGGUAUUUAAUAAUAAUAAAUAGAAAAAAAAAAAAGAUAAUGGCUGUGAAUUUUUUUCUUGGGUGGGAGGUCUAUUCUCAGAAUUUGCCAUGUGAACACUGCAUCUUGUAAGAAAAUUCAUGAGUCUUUUUCAGUAAAUUUGGGACCAAGAAUGUUGGGGUGGGGGGCAAAGUUCUGAAUCAGGUUUUAAAAUAUGCACAGCUGUUUUUAUAUAGUGCAAUAAUUAAAGACUCGUGAUUUGAAGUAGAAUUGGUGCUAAAAGUAUGCCUGAUUUUAUAGUGUUCAAUUUCAGCCUUUUUAUAAUUACAUAAAAAAAACUAGUCAGUAAUAUAUGAAUGUAUGACUAGAUUCUGUUUGCAAUUUUGUAAUAUAUCCAGAAGUAAAGUAAUUAGCUUUAGUGUAAUUAUUAGGAAUUGAUUAAAGAUACCAUGUUAU